CUCUGCUACACAUAGGACUAUAUGGCAUUCACAGGGUGCUUUGUACACCAAAAUGUCAGUCGGAACCGGUCCAAACCCGCUCAAAGUCCCCCAAAUGGGGCACUUAACAUCUAAGAAAUAAAGUAAUGAAAAUUGAAUUGAAGAUGAAAUGAUUUGCCUUUAUCGUUUCUGUAUGCUUGUCUAUAUGUGAUCUUGCAAAGACGAGACAGACAUUUACAGUGACACAAUGCUGCGUUCGAAUGGUAGAAUGUUUAGAUACGUUUUUAUCUACGCAUUAUGGUUGUCAUGGCAACGUUGUAUGGGAGGAGUGCAUGUCCACCAUGGACAGUGAAAAGGGAAAUAAAUCGUAGUCGGUAGUGGCUGUGGGUAAUCGGUGUAUUUUUAUUUUUCCUAGUUAUCUCGUUAAAUUGUUUCUAAACUUUGCAUAUUGUGGAGGUGAACAAUGCAUUCAACCGGGAACGUUUACGAUAAGGGGUAAUGGCUGCACGAUUAUUCUUGCGGAUAGAAUGACCUGUUGUUGCUUGUUAGUCUAGCUAGCUACUAUGUAAGUUAGCUAAGUUAGCUAGCCAGUUAAAAAAAACUGUCGUGGUGCUAGCUAACCGUAUAGCUUAGCUAUGUCAGGAAACAGUCUUCCGCCUGUGCGAAAUCUACCCCACUGGUCCCGCGUUGGAUGUCUUGACAAGCCUUGCUUUCCACAACCACGUCCUUUCCCGUUUAACCACCUUGAACCGCUGUCCGAUUCACCCCGUGGGGACAGAGGGGGAGAGGUCUCAUCUCUCCGGGACAUGGAUACUCGCGUUGCAUCGCUUCAGAGGAAUAUUCAGUUCCUGCAACUACAGCACAAGGACACUCUUCAGAAGCUACACGGUGAAAUAGAUGACCUCAGACGGGAAAAUAAAGAGCUGCAGUAUAAGCUGAUCAUGGAGCCUUCAAAGUCUUGCAGAAAAGUUAUUUCUUUAGGAUCAAGCCGCUGGAGCACAAGGCCACCGACACAGGGCAGUGAGGCCCAGACAGAGAGAGUGAUCUACCUGGAGCAACCUUUACAAGACACACGCCUAUCUCAAGACCCAUGGCUCAGCAGUAUAGCGGAAGACGGUUGUGUGGCUCACGCCUACACUGAGACCACUGGAGUGGCAAAGCAAGAACACGAGUCAGAGUUGAGGGGAGGCCUCAUCACCUCUCUACAGCCCCUCCGGAUCCACAGCAGCCCAUCCCAUCCCCCCCGACCCCCCACCCUGCAGGAAUGUGAGGUUAUCAUACGGCAGCUCUACAACGCCAACAGCCUGCAGUCUCAGGAGAUUAUACGUGUGAAGGCUGUCCUCCGAGACAUUGUGUUCAACAAGAAAAUCACUCCUGAGAACUACAUCAUGACAAAGGCCUACCUUGCUGACAGCACCAGGCAGAGAAGUUUCCCCAAAUAGCACUUCAACCACUUCCCAAGAGAAUGUCUGGGAACCAGGCAGGGGUGACAGAGAGGGUGAUCCUCCCAGCCCUCAAACAGCACCUGAGCUCCAGCAUCGCAGAGAGGCAGAAAAGGACCCAGGCUGUACAAAGGAGCAGGCUGAGGAGAACAGUGCAUUGAGAGGGACAAACAGUACAGCAGGCCAGCCAGCACCGCAGAACCAAAGCCUCUUUAAAUAAGAUCAGGACUGGCUCCUAUUAUGGCCAUUGAAGGACUUCAAUUACCACUGAAUGAAUGUUAACAGUACCUGUCAAAAGUUGACACCUACAAAUUCCAGGGUUUUUCUUUAUUUUUACUAUUUUCUACAUUGUAGAAAAUAGUGAAGGGAAAAGGGGAUACGUAGUCAGACCAACUGAAUGUAUUCAACUGAAAUGUGUCUUCCACAUUUAGCCCAACCCCUCUGAAUCAGAGGAGCAGGGGGCUACCUUAAUCGACAUCCACAUCUUCGGUGCCCGGGGAACAGUGGGUUUACUGCCUUGCUCGGGCAGAACGAUGGAUUUUUACCUUGUCAGCUCGGGGAUUCAAUCCAGCAACUUUCCAGUUACUGGCCCAACACUAACCACUAGGCUACCUGCAUAUGGAAUCAUGUAGUAACCAAAAAAGUGUUAAACAAAUCAAAAUAUAUUUUAUGAGAUCCUUAAAAAUAACCAGCAUUUGUCUUGACAGCUUUGCACACUUUUGGCAUUCUCUUAACCAGUUUCAUGAGGUAGUCACCUGGAAUGCAUUUCAAUUAACAGGUGUGCCUUGUUAAUUUGUGGAAUUUCUUUCCUUUUUAAUGUGUUUGAGCAAAUCAGUUGGCACAACACAAGGUAGGGGUGGUAUGCAGAAUAUAGCCCUAUUUGGUAAAAGACCAAGUCCAUAUUUUGGCAAGAACAGCAUAAAUAAGCAAAGAGAAACACUCCAUCAUUACUUUAAGACAUGAAGGUCAGUCAAUCUGGAAAAUUACGAUUUUUGGUUCUAACCGCCAUGUCUUUGUGAGACAGAGUAGGUGAACCAAGAAAGAGAGUGAUGGUGCUGCAUCAGAUGACCUGGCCUCCACAAUCACCCGACCUCAACCCAAUUGAGAUGAUUUGGGAUGAGUUGGACCGCAGAGUGAAGGGAAAGCAACCAACAAGUGCUCAGCAUACGUGGGAACGCCUUCAAGACUGGUGGAAAAGCAUUGGGGCGGCAGGUUGCCAAGUGGUUAGAGCAUUGGACUAGUAACCGAAAGGUUGCAAGAUCAAAUCCCUGAGCUGACAAGGCAAUUAACCCACUGUUCCUAGGCCAUUAUUGAAAAUAAGAAUUUGACUGACUUGCCUAGUUAAAUAAAGGUAAAAUAAAUAAAAUUCCUAAUGAAGCUGGUUGACAGAAUGCCAAGAGUGUGCAAAGCUGUCAUUUUACA